AGCAGCUCAGUCCACGUGCGCAUCGUUCUAUUAUGUAUUUUAACAGCUUUAAAUGCAUUAAAAAGUAUUUACAAUAAUAUUUAGGUGUAAAGUGAUUGUUAAACAUUGAAAGAUUCACGAGUAUACUUUAAGAAGUUAAAAUGCCUGUAAUGGAGCGAGUUAUUAAACCUAAAACUCAUAAAGGGAAAAAAGCUAUUUUAGCAAGGGAACCUAAAAUAAUUGAAGAUACGAAACAAACAUUCUUUUUGAAAGGCACCAAGACAACAGAAGUACUUCAAGAAUGUAUGAAAGAUUUGUAUAAGCUGAAAACGCCAGAUGCUCAGAUAUUGAAAAAAAAAAAUGAAGUACACCCAUUUGAAGAUUCAACACUAAUUGAAAAUUUUGGCAGAAAGUUAAAUGCUUCCUUAUUUAUGAUGAUAUCAAAUAGCAAGAAGAGGCCAAAUAAUCUAGUUAUGGGUCGGCUGUUUGAGCACACUAUGUUAGAUCUUAUUGAAUUUGGAGUUGAAAAUUACGAAGCUUUGGCAAAGUUCAAAUUAGAUAAAAUACCAGUUGGUAUAAAACCUAUGCUAGUUUUCCAAAGCGAAUUAUUUGAAAAUAAUCAUGAAUAUAAAAGGAUACAGAAUCUUCUGAUAGAUAUGUUUCAAAGAGAACCUGUAAAUCAAAUUAGAUUGCAGGGUUUGGAACACGUUUUAAGUUUCACAGCUCAAGAUAAUUGCAUUCUUUUUAGAAGUUACAAGGUAAUGCUAAAAAAAUCAGGUUUAAGAAUACCAAGAAUUGAAUUGGUGGAAAUUGGACCACGUAUGGAUUUGAGGAUCAGAAGAAUGAAAUUAGCAUCUGAUGAUCUCUUUAAACAAGCUUGUAGGAAGCCUAAGCAACUUAAGAUCAAGAAAAAGAAAAAUAUUUCUGAAGAUAGUUUAGGUAAGACUCUUGGUAGAAUACACAUGGGUACUCAGAAACUCCACACUAUUCAGACCAGGAAAAUGAAAGGUUUGAGAAAAACAGCAACAGAAAAGAAAUUAGAGAAGAAACGAAAAGCCACAGCAGAGGGAGAAGAUAAUUCGAAAAAGCAAAAAAUGGCACAAGAGAGUAUUGAAUAAGUUAAAUUUACAAUUUUAAUAGUAGGUAAUAAAUGUUAUUUACAUGUAUGAAAGUAUUUAAUUUUAUCUGCUUCUUAUUGUCCAACUAGAUUUUUCUUGUAGAUCCUA